AUGGUGUCCCCUACCUCCGGCAUCCACCACUGGGUUCAGGAAUUACCACCACGCCAGGCACCGCAGACCCUGCGUCCAGAGCACCAAACGGCCACAUGGACGAUGGAGGCAGAGAACAUGGUCCACUCAGAUUUUGUCUCCAACCUCCCUCGGACUCUGGUCGAAGUUUCUCCCGGAAGUCAAGAGAGGUCUGUUAGCUUAUUAUUGUUGGCGUUGUACUUAUUGUACAUCUCUAAUCUGUUUUUAUUUGAAGCUUUUAAACUUCCACUGGAGAAGGAGGGUCAGGUAGGUGGACCCAUCUUGGCCCAAGAAGAAAUCAAGACAAUAUUUGGCAGCAUUCCAGACAUAUAUGAGGUCCACACCAGAAUCAAGAAUGACCUGGAGGAUCUCCUGACAGACUGGCUAGAGGAAAGAAGUGUGGGGGAUGUAAUUCUCAAAUAUUCCAAAGAGUUGGUGAAGGCCUACCCACCCUUUGUCAACUUUUUUGAAAUGAGCAAGGAAACUAUUGUUCGGUGUGAGAGACAAAAACCUCGUUUUCAUGCUUUUCUAAAGAUUAACCAAGCUAAGCCAGAGUGUGGCAGACAGACACUAGUGGAACUGCUAAUCAGACCAGUGCAGAGAUUGCCUAGUGUGGCCCUUCUUCUCAACGAUAUAAAGAAACAUACAUCAGAUGACAACCCAGACAAGAUAACUUUGGAGAAAGCAAUAGAAUCUCUGAAAGAAGUCAUGCUUCAUAUUAAUGAAGACAAGAGAAAGACUGAAGGCCAGAAGCAGAUCUUUGAUGUUGUGUAUGAAGUUGAUGGUUGUCCUGCUAACUUGCUAUCGUCCCAUCGCAGUCUUGUUUAUCGAGUAGAAACAAUUGCACUAGGGGAUCAGCCAUGUGAUCGCGGAGAACAAGUCACACUCUUCCUCUUUAAUGACUGCCUGGAGAUUGCAAGAAAGCGACACAAGGUGAUCAACACCUUCAAGAGUCCGCUUGGACAGACACGACCACCACCACCGCUGAAACAUAUUGCCUUGAUGCCACUGUCUCAAAUUAGAAGAGUGUUAGACCUGCAGGACACAGAGGAUUGUGUUAAUGCCUUCGCAUUGGUUGUUCGCCCUCCAACAGAACAGGAGAAUUUGUUGUUUAGUUUCCAACUGGUCGGAGAGGAAACUAUUAAAAGCAUUUGGCUGCGGACACUGUGCCGUCAUGUUGCCAACACCAUCUGUCGGGCUGAUGCGGAGGACAUGAUUCAGUGUACAGACCCAGACUCACUUCAGGUCAGCACAAAGGAUAUGGACAGCACCUUAAGCAAAGCUUCAAGGGCCAUUAAGAAGACUUCAAAGAAGGUGACAAGGGCAUUUUCUUUCACAAAGACCCCAAAGCGUGUGAUACAGAGGGCGUUUCUGGCCAACAGCACGCCAGAUGACAAAGCCCAGAGUCGUGAAAAUCACAUCAGUAUCAGCUCCACACUUGCUAUGUCUCGCUCUGCCUCAACAUUCAGUGUAAGUGAUUCUGGCAAAAGCAGUGCUGCAGUGGUGCAGCGCUCUAAUUCUCUGGACCACCCUCCUGUCAGAGCCAGAGUCUGUAUGCGUACUCCUUACACUCCAGCUCAACAGCUUGUUCUUAGUCCAGUUCCCUAUUCUGCCACUGAGUCCACCCAAAAACUUGGCCCCAACUACCUACCGUACCCGAACCCUAUUACUGGAGAAACCAAAUCUGUCCAAAAUACUUAUUUACUGACCCAACCUGCUCUACCUACUGUGGUCUUCAGUACAUCCCAACAGUCCACCUCAGAGUCCAUUGCAGCAAUUGAAACAUACACUCCACUCCACUCCACCUAUAAACAUGCACUUCCAAAAUCUAGCCAGCACAUGUCUAGACAUCUAACCUCAGCAGGGUUCCAGCCAAAGUCUGUGGCUCCUGUACCUUCGAAUACCAGGGAGAGGACCUCUUCUGAAACGUGCAGAGAUCCCAAAGUGUCAAUGGACGCACACAAAGUCAUCUUGACCAGCCCACGCAGGGAGACUCUGCUAUAAUUCAUCACUAAGCUUUGUCUUGGGACUCAUGCACACCAUUCCCCGUCCAUGGUCAACCUACCUUCCAUGUUUGAGAGGAAGUACCACACAUUCAGUCGCUCAACCACCCAUCUUAUCUGAGACACAUUUCACCUUUCUAGCUGUGAGUGAUGGAAGAUGUAACUGGAAAGUCAUGUGAAAAUUAUAUAAGCAGCUGGUCCAACAUAGCAAACUUGCAUUUGUUUAUACUGGAGCUCUUUACACACACUCCAAACACACGUAAGCAGACAUUGAUCUUUGUUUAUAAGAAGUAUUAUCCACCCUCUAAUAGGGCAGGCUGGUUGUUUUUUGUCUUCCUAAACACACCAAACCUCUAGGGAGCUUACUAUCGUACUGAAUGUAUGUGUAAGGUGUGCAAUUACCAGUGGUUGAGGUAAGGGUUGACUUACCCGUUAAAAAAUUGAAGGAUCGUUUCUCAAUUAAUUCUAGAGAAACUUUUUUUAUAUGAAUAGGUUAUUUGUUCAGAUUGAUCUUUUCUAACCAAAACCACAAUAUUACCUACAGACAAGGUAAACAAAACAUAUCAUCUCCAAGAUGGACUUCAUGAUCUUCCCAUAGAAACAUCAACUACCCCACUAAAAGUAGCAUCUAUGCUACUUUUAGUGGGGUAGUUGAUGUUUCUAUGCAGUAAAGAUGUCUACUUCAACACACUGUCAAGCUCAUAGUAGGUUUUAUACACUAGUAGUUACACUUUCUGCAUUCGCUGUGAUGCCAUUUUAAUUGAUAUCAACUGACAUUUAAGUUUUUAUUGCAGUAGGAUGUGCUUAAUUUCACCUGAUAUGUCUUACUGUCUCUAACCCACCUUUCUAGUGUAAAAUAAUGAAUUUGUAAAGCUUCUAAUUAAACAUUUUAAGAGAUUUAUUUUAAAAGAUUAAAAGUACAUAAAGUCCUCUUAUCUUUCUAUCCACUUUAAAGCAAUUUACAAUUGCUUUGUCUGGGUGUGAGGCACACAUCAAAAUGCAGCAGAGUAUGUUCAUUGUUGAUUGUUUUAUACCAGCCUUUUUCCCCACUUAUGUAUCUGUUUGUUCUUUUUCUUGAGUGUUAGUUGUCUGAUACAGCUCUGUAUUAAAUGCACUUAAACAUGUA